AUGGAGAAGCAAGGAGUCGAAAAACCAGUUGAAGUAAGAACAAGAGUUGUCGAUUUGUAUUUUUGUGGACUGUUAUUUGCUGAGAUUGGAGAUCAAAGUGGUGUUCAAAGCAGACAGCUUAUAAUAUCGUCAAACGGUUGCCAGGAAAGCUGCCCACUAUCUUGUGGCUGUACCUUACCGUGCCCACUAUAUUGUGGCUGUACCUACAGUGCCCACUAUAUUGUGGCUGUAACUUGCAGUGCCCACUAUAUUGUGGCUGUAUCUGGCAAUGCACACUAUAUUGUGGCUGUAUCUGGCAGUGCCCACUAUCUUGUGGCUGUACCUUGCAGUGCCUAUUAUAUUUUGCCUGUAUUUGGCAGUGCCCACUAUAUUGUGGCCGUACCUGGCAGUGCCCACUACAUUGUGGCCGUACAUUGCAGUGCCCACUAUCUUGUGGCCGUACCUUGCAGUGCCCACUAUCUUGUGGCUGUACCUUGCCGUGCCCACUAUAUUGUGGCUGUACCUACAGUGCCCACUAUCUUGCAGCUGUACCUUGCAGUGCCCACUAUCUUGUGGGUGUACCUUGAAGUGCCAACGAUAUUGUGGCUGUAUCUGGCAGUGCCCCCUAUAUUGUGGCUGUACCAUGCAGUGCCCACUAUAUUGUGGCUGUACCUUGCAGUGCCCACUAUCUUGUGGGUGUACCUUGAAGUGCCAACAAUAUUGUGGCUGUAUCUGUGCCCACUAUCUUGUGGCUGUACCUACAGUGCCCACUAUAUUGUGGCUGUACUUUGCAGUGCCCACUAUAUUGUGGCUGUACCUUGCAGUGCCCACUAUAUUGUGGCUGUACCUGGCAGUGCCUACUAUAUUGUGGCUGUAUCUGGCAGUGCCCACUAUAUUGUGGCCGUACCUUGCAGUGCCCACUAUCUUGUGGCUUUUCCUUGCAGUGCCAACUAUAUUGUGGCUGUAUCUGACAGUGCCCACUAUAUUGUGGCUGUAUCUGGCAGUGCCCACUAUAUUGUGGCUGUAUCUGGCAGUGCCCACUAUAUUGUGGCUGUACCUACAGUGCCCACUAUAUUGUGGCUGUACUUUGCAGUGCCCACUAUAUUGUGGCCGUACCUUGCAGUGUUCACGAUAUUGUGGCUGUACCUGGCAGUGCCCACUAUCUUGUGGCUGUACCUUGCAGUGCCCACUAUAAUGUGGCUGUACCUGACAGUGUCCACUAUAUUGUGGCUGUACCUGGCAGUGCCCACUAAAUUGUGA